AGGAUUGGUGUGGAGCUCAGAGCGGGUAAUGUUUGAGUGCACAAAUGCUAGUCUGGACACAGUUCUGAGAGAUAAUGCAGGAAUAUUAGCAGGGCUUUUCUGAGGGAGACACAACAGCUGGGACUAAUACGUUGGCACGCCUUCCACUCUUGCUUUAGAAAGUUUGCGUCAUAUAGUUAGCCUUUAUCUAGAAGAGGUUAAGCACUGGUAUUAUAGGCCUACUAGUUAAGUUUCAUGCCUAACAUGUCUCCAAACUGUUAUCUGAACUGCAUUUCCAAUGACCCCCUCAACCUGUCUGCACCAUUUAAAACACGUUUAUCUUUUAGGGACUGUUUAAACCCAAGAUGGCGGAGCGCUAUGACUGCCACUACUGCAAGGAGUCUCUGUUUGGGAAUAAGUAUGUCCUGCGUGAUGAAAAUCCAUACUGUGUGAAGUGCUAUGAGAGCCUGUACUCCAACACCUGUGAGGAGUGCAAGAAACCCAUUGGCUGCAACAACAGAGACCUGUCUUAUAAGGACCGUCACUGGCAUGAUGACUGCUUCCACUGCUUCAGAUGUCAACGUUCUUUGGUGGACAAGCCGUUCUCCACCAAGGACGAGCAACUACUGUGUACUGAAUGUUAUUCCAAUGAGUAUUCCUCUAAAUGUUAUGAGUGCAAGAAGACAAUCAUGCCAGGCUCCAGGAAGAUGGAGCAUAAGGGGAACAGCUGGCAUGAGACCUGCUUUACCUGCCAGCGCUGUCAGCAGCCCAUUGGAACCAAGAGCUUUAUUCCUAAAGACAACAGUAACUACUGCGUGCCCUGCUACGAGAAGCAGUUUGCACUGCAGUGUGUGCACUGCAAGAAGCCAAUCACCACUGGGGGCGUGACCUACCAUGACCAGCCAUGGCAUAAGGACUGCUUCCUGUGUACUGGAUGUAAGCAGCAGCUGUCUGGCCAACGCUUCACCUCUCGUGAUGAAUUUCCCUAUUGCCUCAACUGCUUCUGCAAUCUGUAUGCCAAGAAGUGUGCUGCCUGCACCACCCCUAUUAGCGGUCUGGGAGGAAGCAAAUACAUCUCCUUUGAAGAGAGACAGUGGCACAACGACUGCUUCAACUGCAAGAAGUGUAUGGUGUCCCUGGUGGGCCGUGGCUUCCUGACGGAGAGGGAUGACAUCCUGUGUCCUGACUGUGGCAAAGACAUCUGAUCACACAGCACUGCAAUUCCUAACAUUUUAUUCUUUAAUCAAAGUUAAAUAGCAAUAAAAGCUUUUAUCAUAGCUAAUAUAUUUGUCUAAUAAAAGUUCUCUUUAGAUUAUUAACUUUAAAAGGCCUGUGUGUGCCAAGAAGGCCUAUUACAUUGUAUCAUGUUCUUAUGGUCAGGGUUUAAAAUAUUGCCAGCCAAAGGAAACAUGUGCAGAGUGAUAAUUGUUAAAUGUCUUUUUUAAGAUAUAAAGACAUAAAGCACAGAAGUGUUAUUGCCUAUUUACCUUUUUGUGACUAAUAUUUGCUUUUGACUCAAUAUGUAAUUUAUAGACUGUGUGAAGAAUUUGCUGUAGCUCAUAAUAAACUUCUUGAAAAGG